AUGCCAUACCUCAACAAUGAGUCUGAGGUGCCGCUAGGCACUGAGGCGGGCAUCGAUGUCUUCGAGAAGCUCGUGCAGGAUUUAAGCGCUGCUCUAGGUCCGAGCUCAGGCCUUGACUCUAGCGACGUCGACCCCAUGCAAAUACAACUUUUGAUGGAGAAAUACACGUCAAAUCCAGAUGAGUGGUCUUCCUAUGCUCUAGAAGAUGCGAGCAGGACGUACACAAGAAAUCUCAUCGAUGAAGGGAACGGCAAGAGCAAUCUGUUGAUCCUCGUAUGGAGUCCUGGCAAAGGAAGUACCAUACAUGAUCAUGCAAACGCACAUUGUGUGAUGAAGAUCCUCAAAGGCAGACUCCAAGAAGAUCUUUACUCUUGGCCCAACCAAAAGCAGAUCGAAAAUGGCGAGAAGUGCCCUCCGCAACUAACCAAACAAACUAUCUAUGGCGAGAAUCAAGUGACAUACAUGUCCGACAAACUUGGUUUACAUCGCAUCUCCAACCCUGACCUUAAUGACUUUGCUGUCUCUCUGCAUCUCUACACGCCUCCCAACGCCGCUAUUCAUGGAUUCUGUAUCUAUGAUGAACGAACUGGCAAGGCCAGGCAUAUUAAGCAGACCAAUUUUUACUCGCACCGUGGUCAGCGAUUGGAUGAUGGACAAAAGUAA